UUAAGUGCCCAUGUGUUACACUAUUUGAUGGGUAAAAUUCCAGCUUUCGAAGUUGAAUUUGUAAAAUUUUGAAAUUUUUUCGUUUUUGAUAGGUAAAAAUUUGAUUUUCAAAAUUCACAAAAAUCAAAAAAUGUACUUCAACGUCUGAAAUUUUGGCUUUUCUGCAUUUUCUUUCAAUUCAGUUUCGACCACCUCUAAAUUUUUUUGCCGGUUUGCAUACUUUCCUCUUAAGAAAAUGUUUCAAAAGAAUUCAGUUGAAAAUUGUCAAAAAUAAAAUUCAGACGACAAAGAUCAACUUCCUCCAGCUAAUUCCACAAUCCCAGCCGAAACCGAUUCGCCAUUCUUACAGCCAGCUGGAAACUAUGCUGUUUUCAGAUUAAAUUAAAGCAAUCAUCUUGUGGAAAAGUCUCAGUACAAUUAAACCGAAAAUGAAUUAAAAAUAUGAGCUUAAGUGAAGGCAAUUACGAAUAAGAAAAUAAUUACCUAUUUUAUUACUGUUGAGCUAUAGCUAUAACGAAUACAUAUUCUAAGAAGUGUAGGCACUCAGUUGUAAUUUCUGCGCGUACCUAGCCGUAAGCUGAUAAGUGAAAUCAUUUGUACAUAUCGCGAUACGAAUAAAAAAGUAGAUAUGUUUCAUUUUCAGUCUAAUUUCAUCGUUUACAAAUGUGAUUUCAAUGAAAAAAUGGAUCUGCUAAGAAUCCGCAUCCGCAUCUUACGAAAAGUUCGCUAUGUAGUGAUAAUUGCAGCGAUUUGCAUUCUUUGUGUGUGUUUCUUCCGCCACAAAAAACAUAAUUUACCACUCCAGUACAUCUUAUGUUCACCACAAUACUGGGCCGAAGAACUAGACGAAGGAUUCGAAGGUUUCGAUAACACCACUGGAGCAUAUGGCGGUCAGUAUAUUAUACCAAAUUACGUACAUUUUUUACGAUACGGUCCUAAACUAAAAGAAGUAAGUUUCGUCGACGCGGUCAACAUCCUGGCAGCAUUUAAAAACCAGAAACCAGAUAAAAUCAUAUUCCACACGAAUAUAGAUUCGUUUACAGGUAAAUUCUGGAGAUACUUAACCAGCCUACCAAAAUUCAACGAAACCAUCGUGUUCAAAUACAUCGAACCCAUCGAUUCGAUAUUUGGUCGUAAAAUGUACAGCAAAUACAGAGACUGGCAUUCCAGCGAUAUUCUUCGUAUUGAAAUACUACAAAAAUACGGAGGUAUAUUUAUCGAUAACGACGUGUACGUUGUCCAGAAAUUGGAUCGUUUCAGACGAUACGAAAUGGUAUUGGAGACCAUAGCUGAUUUGGAAAAUUUCGGCACGAUGACUUUGAUGGCUCAUAAAGGUGCGAGAUUUUUACGUCUUUGGUUGAACGAGUAUAAAGAGUACUAUCCUCAUUUAUGGUACUAUAAUGCUGGGAAAAGGGCUAAACUCAAGGUACUCGAUGUUCGACCAGAAUUGGUACAUGAUGCCAGAGGUAAAUUCGGCGUGGAAGAUUUACGAACGGAGUUGUAUUUGCAGAAAUGGAAACAGUGGAAAGACAAGUAUACGAUACAUACUUUAAUUAGACAUUUACACGAUCGCGAUGAUUUACGAUAUAAUAAUCUCAAUCUUACGUAUCCGGUGGUUUUCGAUCAGUAUAAUAUUUUGAAGUAUAAUGUGACUAUAAAAGAUAUGAUUUUAGACUGUUGCAAAGAAUUGGUGUUUUUGGAAUAGGUAAUUUUUUUCUACAUACCUAUCCAAUUGGAUGCAAGCUUUUGUAUGUACUUACUAGACAGGUAAUCCUACUUAAAUGCUUUUCUUUUGUAUGAUGUAAUGCCUAUUUGGAUGAAUGUAUUCAAAUAUUUUAGUAAAGUAAUAAUAACAUGAAGACUGAAUUUAAAUUUAAGACAGGUAACAAUAAGUACUUCAUCUGUUGGAAAUUCAAGUUGACUUCUUGUAUUAUUAUGUAUUUUUAUACAUUUUUUUUUUUUUUUUUUUUUUUCUUACAAUAAACUAUAAACACCAACUACCUAGAUCCUAGACACCCAUUUUCGUGUUUCAAUAUUACAGAAAUUGUGUUUUUCAUUCGAUUUUGAAAUAUAAUACUUAGAGCUUUUCCAAUUAACGCUCGC